CUGUGAGUGACAGCUCACCAGUCUGCUGAGAAACAAAGAGAAGUAAAACAACGCCCAAAAAAGUCGUUCUUCGCUUUUUCAGUCGAAUUGCAUAAAAUAGUUGAUUGGGACUGACAAAAAUCUACGCAUGUAAACAUUGUUUCGCGGGGAACACACAGUGGAAAGAUUCCAAACUAAAGCAGAUUCAGUGAGUGAAGUCACUAGUUAAUCACGUUUAACAAAGCAAACCAUUAUCAAAUACCCCCUGGAACCUGCUGAACUUCGCUAUACACAUCCCGAAAAGAUGGACUCUGUUGAAGAGGAGUUUGUUAAAGUGGAGAUUGAUGAAGUCUGUAUUUCAGAAUUAAUCAGGCUGAAUAAUGAAGAUACUGAGGAACAAAGAGACCUGAUGGAAGUGAAAGAGGAAAGUCAAGAACUGAAUGAAAAGGAUCAGAAACCUGUUAACUUCAUUACUGGAGAAAAAAAUUAUAGUUACUCACAGACUGAAGUGAAUUUCACACACAAAAAAACAAAGGCAGAAAAUUCUUCUACAUGCCCUCAGUGUGGAAAGAGUUUCACAAAAAAAGGAAACCUUAAGAGGCACCUGAUAAUUCACACAGGAGAGAAGCCUUUCACAUGCCCUCAGUGUGGAAAGUGUUUCACAAAAAAAGGAGUGCUUGAGAAGCACCUGAGAGUUCACACUGGAGAGAAACCAUUCACAUGCACUCAGUGUGGAAAGAGUUUUGUACAGAAAGUACACCUUUCUAAUCACAUUAAAAUUCAUACUGGAGAGAAGCCUUUCACGUGCCCUCAGUGUGGAAAGAGAUUCUCAGAUAAAGGAAACCUUAAUAGCCACAUGAGAGUUCACACUGGAGAGAGACCUUUCUCAUGCCAUCAUUGUGGAAAGAGUUUCACAAAAAAAGGAGUCCUUAAGGAGCACCUAGAAGUUCACACUGGAGAGAAACCGUUCACAUGCCAUCAGUGUGGAAAGAGUUUCAGACGGAAAAUACACCUUUCGGAUCACAUGAGAAUUCACACCGGAGAGAAGCCUUUUACGUGCCAUCACUGUGGAAAACGUUUUGCAGAUAAAGGAAACAUUAAAAUCCACAUAAGAGUUCACACUAGAGAGAAGCCUUACACAUGCCUUCAGUGUGGAAAGAGUUUCUCAAGUCCAAGUAGCCUUAAAAGGCAUGGAAGUGUUCAUUCAGAAAAGGAAUUACACCACUGUUCACUAUUCAGUUUCAACCAGGCAGGGAAAUUAAAAAAUCAUCAGUACUUUCAUUCCGGCUUCACAGGAAAAAAUACCCUUGAGAAUCACAUGAGAAUUCACACUGCAGAGAGCCAUUUUGACUUGAAAAUUCAUGGUAAUGAGAAACCUUACCUCUGUUCUAUUUGUGGAAAAAGUUUUUUAGAGCAGGGCGAUUAUAAACAGCACCAUAAAAUACAUACAGGUGUGAGAGAUUAUGUGUGCUCAGAGUGUGGUAAAGCCUUUGUCCUAUUAAACAACUUAAAAGUCCAUCAAAGAAUUCAUACUGCAGAAAAACCUUACAAGUGCUCACAUUGUGGAAAGAGUUUCACUGCCUCAGGAAACCUGAACACCCAUGAGAGAAUGCAUACUGGAGAGAAGCCAUACCACUGCACUUCAUGUGGAAAGAAUUUCAGCUCAUCAAGUAAUCUAUGGAGACAUAUAAGGAAGAAUUGCUCAGAGUUGUCAAAGUGAACAAACUUUAUCUUAAGAAUCUUUAUCAUGUGAAAUGUAACAUUUCGCUUCAAAGCAAUCAGUCAAGCUUGGUCAUUUGGCAGUUCAUGGUGAAAUGGGCACAUUAAUGUAAUUUGUCUUAUAAUGUGCAAAUUCAGCUUUCUCUUUCUCCUGAGUUGCUCCAACAAAACAACAGCGUACCACAUGUUUACUUGCUCCAUCACAAACAUAGUUUGCCUCAUUCAGCUGAAACUUCAUGCUGGAGAUGCCCAAUAUGUGAAAUAGUUAGUGCUCUUUGUCAGCAUAAUUUUCUGCUGUCACCGCUAUGUUCUCUCUGCUCCAAUCUGCUCUCAUUAAGUCAGCUCAGCCGAAGCAAAAGAGGACUGCUGCUUUGUCUCUCUGAGAUUUCACAUUGGUAUAAUCUCAACAGAGAUCUCAACAGAGAAUCAGAGAGACAGAGUUGUCUGCGUUAGUAUGUCUGUCACCCCUCCACCAUUCUUAAUCAGCAAGUGUAUCAUAUCUCUGACUGAAGAUAACGAGAUCUCAGCAAAACAGCCGGCAAGUGUGACACCCUCACCCAAAAUUGAGUUGUUUUGUGUCUGCUAGUGAGAUGCCGGCUUUAAAGGGGUCAUGACAUACCUUUUUUUCCUGAGGACCAAUUAUACUGUUAGUAAAGUUUUUUUGCACCAUAAUAAUUUAGUAAUAUAUGAUCAUUUUCUACCCUGUCUCUGGCCCUCUGUCUGAUAUGUUCGGUUUUGGUCUCAGCGUCUCCUUUAAACUUAAAUAUAUACGCCCACUGUUAUGAUUGGCUAACACCAUGCAGCCCCUUGAAAUCCCUCUAUACACUCACUGAGCACUUUAUUAGGUACACCUGUACACCUACAUAUUCAUGUGAUUUUCUAAUCAGCUCAUCAUGUGACUGCAGUGCAUAAAAUCAUACAGAUAUGGGUCGAGAGCUUCAGUUAAUGUUCAUCAACCAUCAGAAUGAGGAAAAAAUGUGAUCUCAGUGAUUUGGACCGUGGCACAAUUGUUGGUGUCUCUAGCGUUUACUCAGAAUGGUGCCAAAAACAUCCAGUGAGCGGCAGUUCUACAGACGGAAACUCCUUGUUGAUGAAAGAGGUCAACAGAGAAUGGCCAGACUGGUUCGAGCUGACAGAAAGGGUACGAUAACUCAGACAACACUCUGUACAAUUGUAGUGAGCAGAAUAGCAUCUCAGAAUGAACACCACAUCAAACCUUGAGGCAGAUGGCUACAACAGCAGUUGGGCACUUUAUUAGGACCAUAGUGUUCCUAAUUAAGUGCUCAGUGAGUGUAUAUUUGAAACUCAAUCAAAAGAGAAUAAUCCAGCUCCAUAACAAUAGAGCUGUUCAGCCGUGAUGUCAAUUUGUAGGUGAACCCGGAAGUCUAAUUCGCCAUGGGUUCCUAUGGGUUUUUAUAAUGGGGUUUUUGAACUUAUGUGUAAAGUAAGGCCUGUGGUAAACAUUACUUGAGGAUGCAUGGAUGUUUUGUUCUACAACAUAAAUUACACUCAGUCGUACCUCAAACGUGAAUUUUGAAGCCGCCGUGGGUUUAAGAAAAUAUAUAUAUAAUUCAAUACGGCUUUAAAAUUCACAUUUGAGGUAUGACUGUGUGUAAUUUAUGUUGUAGAACAAAAUGUAAUGCAGCAAGAUUAGUUCUUUAUUGUCCUUUUAAUGCCAACGUUUGUGACAGAAAAUUACUUGUCUUGGUGAUUUAUGACUGAAUUCUUCACUGCUCAUGAAAAUGAUAUGUCCAUUUCGUGGGAUGAAAAUCAGUAGAGCAUGUGAUAUAUCAUUGAAGAAGAUCUGUUGAGGAGAAUUAAUAUUACAUCUGAAUAAAAAAAGGUCUAAAGGAAAAAGAUAUGGAGUAUCUAUUGGGAUUUUAAUCGUGUCAUUUUGAAUAUAAGAAUUUAAUAUAUUUUAAAAAAAACAAUGGAUUGAUAAUGCUCUACUCUGGAUCAUGAAAGGCUCUGUAUGGAAGCUGGAGAUGAACAAUAUGAGGAAGGAAAAGGAAAGGAGAAAGAAUCCAUAUACUGUAAAUAAAUCAUGAGUGCACACAAGCCCAAUAGGCGGCAGUAUGCACUUAGAAAGUGAAUCGACAAAACGUAAAGAAGAAGACGUUGAUGUUGCGACGCUCCUCAGUCUUGAUGUUUAUAGAGGUGUUUAUGUAAUUUACAAUUGAAGAAAAUCCUUUGUCUGCUGGAAUUUCUUUGAGUUCGUUUCAGAUUUUCAUCUUGGAUUUGGUGUAAAGCGGCCUUUAAUCUGGAAAAUGAUGCAGUGAGGUUUAACAAAACCAACACCAAGUACCACCUGGAACCUGAUUUAUUACCUCUUCACUGCACAUACCCCUGGAAAUAUGUUUACUAAAGAGGAGUUUAUUAAAGAAGAGUUUAUUAAAGAGGAGAGUGAAGACAUCAGUAUUUCAGAACCAUUAAGGCUGAAGAAUGAAGAUACAGAGGAACAAAGAGACCUCAAUAGUCACAUUUCCACUAGGCCAGUGCGAGCCAGGGCUAUCAAGUGGUCAGCCGGGGCCAAUAGACUCGAGCCGUGAGACCAAAAUCUUCAUUCCCACUAUCAGGCCAAUAGCCCUGCAGCGUUGCCCUAAAACCCUCCCUUAAUAUGCUGCCCUGGUGUCAAUGUCUCGCACCUCACCAUUUCACAAGCAAGAGAGAAGCUCAAGCUGAGGUAUAAGACUCUGGAGACUAGCUAGCCCUCAAAAUGAACAUGGUGGAGACUGAAGCUGCAGUUUGUUUACUUAUUUUGGUCUUUGCGUGGUGGAAAGCAAGACCUGAUGCAGCGGGCCAAAAGCACUUGGCCAUAGGCCCAGAGGAGGUGGCCCAUUUGGCCCAAUAGUGGAAACGCAUCUAAUGUAAAUGCCCUCAUGAUUGGCCAACAUUGUACAACCCCUUGAAUACAGCCAUAUUUGUUUGAGAGAAUUAAUCAGCUCCACAACAACAAAAACUAUAUUUUGGGGUUUGCACAUAAUGCACAUUCAACACAAAAUAACAAUGGCAACAAAGUAAUUGAAAUGUAUUGCAUCUGAGUGUAUCAAACUGUUUACUUUUUUUUUCCCCUUGGAAUACACAAAGGGUACAACAAUAUUAAUAAAUCUAUGCAUUCCUUUUUAUAUAUAUAUAUAUAUAUAUAUAUAUAUAUAUAAACAACUACUAAGGGUGGACAUAAACAUGAACAGUCACAUCCCUCAGUGGGCCCUACCCCCCACCCACCCCCAAAAUGACGAGAAUAAAACAGAGAGGUACAUUUACAAAUAAAUAAAACACAUACAUACACACCUACAUCAAUCUUGCACCUAAAUGUUUAUACAUAAAUAUAUAAUGAGACAAAUGAGUGUAGACACAGGAUAUCUGUAGGUUAAUAACUUCAUAUUACAAAUCAGCAAAGACAGAGGGUGUAUUCUUUACAAAAUUUAGUAGAGGAUCCCAGUUUUAAAAAAUUUGUCUGUGGAACCUUUUAGUGCAUACUUAGUUUUUCCAAUAUAUAAAAAAGACAUCAAAUAUUCUAACCACGAGAAAGUGUGAGGAGAUUUAGAGGACUUCCAGUGUUAUAGAAUUCAUCUACGAGCUAUCAGUGAGGCAAAGGCAAGAACAUUAGUAUACUUCUUUGUAUGUUCAUCUAACACCAUCUGGGACACCAAAGAUCGUAAUCAAAGGGCAUGGUUCGUGGGAAAUAUUAAGAAUGGUAGAAAAAGUAUCAAAAAAGGAAUACCAAAAAUCCUCCAGCUUUGGGCACAUAUGAGAGUGAUCAGCAGGAGCCAGAGAACACCUAUUGCAAGUGACAUCUACGCCCGGAAGUAGCUUAAUUAGUUUGACAUUUGUAAGAUGAAUUCUAUGGAAAACCUUAAAUUGUAUCAGACUUAGUCUGGCACAAGAUGAAGACGAAUUAACCCUGCCAGCAGCAAAUUCCCACCAUUCCUGGUCCAAUCUAUCUCCCAUUGGUGAUUAAGCUGAGAGGUAGAAGGCAAAACAUAGGGAAGAAUUAAAUUGUAUAAAAUAGAUAUAGAGCCAUGUUUCUGUAAUAGGCACUUCUUAUAUAGAGAAGAUUCAGACAAGUCUGGGGAAGAAGGACAGUGAGAAUAAACAAAAUUACAUACUUGAAAAACACUAAAUAGGUUGGACUGUGGUAUAUUACAUUUCUCUGCAAGAUCAGAAAAAGGUGCAAAAACUCCAUCAAUGAAUAAGUCAGAAAAAAAUGAAAGGCCUCUGUUUUUCCAUAGAACAUAAGCAGAGUCUAAGUUUAUUGCAAAUAGGACCAUAAAGAGAAGCAACAGCAAGUUUAAAAUGCUGUCUGAAUUGCCUCCAUAUCCUAAGAGAAGUGCGUACAACCAAAUUUGUAGUGUAAUUUGAGGGACGACUAGACAAAGGAGCACAUGCCAAGGCAGAAAGCGAGGAUGAAGAGCAGGACUGUGCUUCUACUCUACCUUCUACACCGAUCUAUAUGGGGAGAAUUAUACCAGCUGUGAAUUUUGCUAAUAUUUGCUGCCCCAUUGUAAAUCAAAACAUUAGGCAGAGCAAGACCUCCAUCUUUUUUAUGUCUCUGAAAAUUUACUCUACUUAACCUGGGAGGUCUGCCCUGCCAUAUAUCCAUCCAGUGAUUUGAAGAAGGAUUUAGGUAGAAACACCAGGAGUGUCUGAAAAAGAAACAAAAACCUAGGCAAAACAUUCAUUUUAAGACUGAAUUCUACCAAAUAGAGUAAGAGGUAGCUUAUCCCAUCACUGUAAAUCUAAUUUAACUUGAGUAAGCAAUUUAGGAAAAACUAUAUUGAUAUAAUAGAUUGAAGGAGUAUGAGAUAUUUACUCCUAAAUAACGAAACUUUGUGGAGGAAAGAUGGAAUGGCAACACCUCAGCUGGAAUUUGUUAAGCUAAGUUAUUUACUGGGAAACAUUCACUUUUGUUUAUAUUAAGCUUGUAACCUGAAAAAGAACUGAAGGUGUUAAAAAUAUGUAAAAGGUCUGGAACCGAGCCGACAGGAUCAGAAACAUAGAGCAGAAGGUCAUCAGCAUAGAGCGAGACACGGUUUUCUAUCCCUCCCCUAACAAUACCUGAGAAGAGCAGGGAAUUUUUCAAAGCUAUGGAAAGAGGUUCUAUUGCUAAAGCGAACAGUAGGGGAGAAAGAGGACACCCUUGACGGGUACCUCUGGUGAGGGGGAAAUAUUGUGAACAUAAAAAGUUUAUUCUCACAUUAGCAACAGAAGAAGUGUAUAGAAGGCAUAUCCAUGAUGUAAAAAGAGGGCCAAAGCCAAAUCUAUCUAAUAUAUUGAAUAAAUAAUUCCACUCCACCCGGUUGAAGGCCUUUUCUUAGGGCAGUGGUGGCUCAGCGGUUAAGGCUCUGGGUUACUGAUCAGAAGGUUGGUGGUUCAAGCCCCAACACUGCCAAGAUUCCACUGUUGGGCCCUUGACCCUGUCUGCUCCAGCGGUGCUGUAUCAUGGCUGACCCUGCACUCUGACCCCAGCUUAGCUGGGAUAUGUGAAAAAAAAAAAUUUUUACUGUAUAUGUGCAAAAUGUAUAAUGUGAUAAAUAAAUAAAAUAAAAAUAAAUAUAGAUAGAGAAAGAAUAAUAUUUAAGGGUCAUUGAAUAUUUGAUGACAGUUGUCGCCCUCUGAUAAAACCGGUCUGAUCUUCAGAGAUUAUUUUAGGAAGACAGGGGUCCAUAUGGCAAACCAGCACCUUAGCUAACAAUAUCACAUCCGAAUGUAGCAGAUUCAUAGGCCUCCAGCUGCCACAUUCAUCUGGAUUCUUAUCACGCUUGAGUAUAAGUGAAAUAGAGGCCUGAGUGAGAGUUAGAGGGAGAGAACCAUUCGCUAAGGAAUCAUUAUACAUGUCUAACAAUAAGGGGGCCAGAUAUUUGGCAAACCUUACGUAGAAAUCAAUCGGAAAACCAUCCGGACCUGCUGCCUUGCCACUUUGCAUAAACUGGAGACCUUUCAAAAUCUCAUCUAACUCUAGAGGCUUAACAAGAUCAUCUGCUACAGCUAUAUCAAUACGAGGAAUGUCUAGACUGUCUAAGAAAUGUUCAAUGAUGGAAUCAUCUUCAGGUGGUUCUGAUUUAUAAAGGUCAGAGUAGUAAGAGGAAAAAACAUCAUUGAUAUCAGAUGGAUUUUUAGUUAAAGAACCAGACGAAUCAUACACCUGAGUAGUUAGACGAGAGGCAGCAAGACCCUUAAGCUGGGAUGCCAGUAGCCGACCAGCUUUGUCUCCAUACUCAUAAUAAGUAGCUUUACUUCUUCGCAGCAUAGAUUCAGCAUUCUUUGUAUUAAGCAGAUUAAAUUCAGAUUUUAUCUCCAAUUUAUUAGCCUGCAGCUCAGGAGUAGGAUUAUUAAGAUACAGUUUAUCAAUCUCAAUGAUGGAAUUAAUUAGGUCUUGUAACUUUUGUUUUCUUUGAUUGUUUUUAUAACCAGUGUAUGAAAUAAUGUGUCCUCGGAUUACCACUUUGAAGGUUUCCCAUAGCAAAGAAGGAAACACAGAUUCUGACUUAUUGGUCUUAAUAAACACAUCAAUAUUGGUACUGAUAUAAUCACAAAACUGUUUAUCCGAUAAUAAUCCUGAAUCAAACCUCCAUUGAUUUGCCCUGCCUCUAUUAUCAGUGAAAAUCAGGUUAAGGGUGUGUGGAGCAUGAUCAGAAAUAACUAUAUCUGAAUAUUCCGAGGAAUUAAUUAAUGGCAAGAGAGCUUUAUCUAAAAAAAAAAAAUAA